AUGCCAAACCCCGAUCAAAAGUGUACCGGCUUAGAAUUUACAGAGGACGGUAAGCACUUGUGCGUGUCCGAUAUUAGCGGAAAAAUUGUAGUGUAUGUUUUGUCGAACAUUUCGUCACACGAUAAAGACGAUGAACACUAUAAUUUAGUGUAUGCCAUCGUAAAAAUCAUAUACGGUACAAAAUAUUUUCCCAGCGUGUUGAUCAAAGAACGAAAAGAGUUCGCUGAAGUGUUCAGUAAACUGGAUUACGAGAAAUAUGGACGUAAAUAUUCCUAA